GUAAUACACUAACUUUUACAUUUGAGGAAAAAAAAUCAAUGAGGUGGAAUCUAAAAUUUAAUAAAAACAAAAGAACGAAGAACAAAUUACAAGAUAAAUGAAUAGCACCUCCCAAAAAUAUUCUAAAGCAAACCCUCCUAAUUAGUAAUUAGUAGUUACCCUUACUUUAGUACUUACAAUUUUAGUGUCACUUUACUUUCCCAUUUCCCAAUUUCAUCUCAUCAUCUUCUUCUCUACCUCACCCUUUUAAACCAAUCAAUCCUCUCUCUCUCUUUCUUCUCUAAUCUACAAAUUCACCCAAUUUUUUGUCACAUUCUUCUAUCUCGUAAACCCCAAAAAUUCACACAGUAAAAAAAAAAAAAUUAAUUAUUUACAAAAUGUCACUGCAGAAAUUCAAGCUAUUAGCUACACAAUGUGCAGUUAUCGGAAGCCCAGCUCGAAGCCCAACAACAAGCCCAGUAAUCCACAUCCGCCGUCGUAAAACCCUCCGAAUGCUUCUCGGUGGUAAAGGAAACGGCAGCGUUUUUAAUCGCCGAUUUAUUUAUCCAAGUCGCCGAGUUGAAUCGCUUGAUCGUCAAAAAAUCGGCUCCGAAAAAUCGGUUAUUGAAAAGGAAAAUAUUGGCGCGAGGCUCAAGUUGAAGGAUCUUUUUGUGUCUUCUUCAACACCUACGAAGGUUCUAGAAGAAGAAGGACAAGAUAAUAGAUUGUUACUCUCAGAUUCUUCAGGUUCUGUCGGCGGUGAAGGCGGUGGCGUGGUGGCGCGCCGAGUGAAUGGUGGCGGAGUGAGGCCGUUUUCGGCGACGUUGAGGCAGAGAUUGUUGAUGAGGAGAAUGUGGAGACCUGUACUUGUAGGGAUACCUGAACAUUCUCCUUAAUAGGGCGAAAUUGAAGGGAAUUGAGUAAUAAUCAGGUUUUUGAUAUAGACAUAGUUUGUUUAAUUUUGUAUUAAUUAGAUAUUGAUGAUGAUAACGAUCACUAGUUCUUUUUUGGGAAUUUGGUUGAUGAGUAUGAUAUGUAAAUAAAUAAAAUAAAAUGGAUUUUAAUUAUAUAAGCGAAAAAUCGGUGUUCUUCGGUUACUUUUCUUUUUAUUUUGCGAUUCGCUCAAAAUAAAUCUAAAAUAGUCCAAAACCGACCAUAAUUUUCAUUUUUUGAUUCAUGAUUCGCAAAGAGAGUAAUAAAUUAUAUGACUGGAAAAACUAAGUGAGAAUUAAAUUUUGAUACUUUACUUAAAAAAUGGUACUUGCUCUAUUAUACUCCACUUUACAACUAAAAGAUGAAAUAAUAUGAGUGAUGAAUGAAAUCAGUAAAAUAUAUUAGGUGAUACGUAUAUUAGAUGAAUAGUCUUUUAUAAAAAUAUAGUAAAAAUUUUAAAAUGUACGUUACAAAAAAUGAGCAAAUCAAAUAAAAUUUUAAACGACUAUUUUUUUUUUUACUAAUACUACUUAUAUAGUUACAUUAUCCAAAGCGACAUUAAAAAUAAAUAAUGAAUUCUAUAGUAAUAUACAUUUAAAAAUUAAAGUGUGUGGCCUCAUCAAAGUAGAGAGUAUUCUCAUUCUAUGUCAAAAAGAACAAAUAGUUCAAACAAUCUUAAUAUUAAAAUCAAAAAAACAAAAAUAGAUAGUAAAAGGUUGCAUUUAAAAGUAAAUAAUAAUAAGUUGAAAAUUAGCCUCAAGCCUAAAAAUA